AUGGGUCCAUCAUUGAACCCCGAAUUUGCAAAGCCACAACACAUCUUCUUCCAUCAUCUGUUUCUAUUGGCAAGUGCUAUGAGUACGCGAGGAUCAGGUGAUUCAGUUGCGGAAGAAGGACACGAAAUCCUUGAAUAUACAGAUCCUCAUUCUACAAAUCCAUCUUUCGACAAGUCUAAUUCCAAAAGUGUCAACACAUCCUCAUCCGCUACAGGACGUCCCAAAAGAACCUCAUUAGCUUGUAUACGUUGCAGAACCCGCCACAUAAGAUGCCCAGGAGGAGAUCCGUGCAAAAAAUGUCAACUUGCCAAAACCAAAUGUGAAUACGUGGAAGCAGAUAAGAAAAUUGUAGUGUCCAUGAAAUACCUUUCUAGGUUGCAUGAUGAUAUAGCUCGAUUAAAGAAGGACAAUGCCCUGCUUAGAAACAGUUUGAAGGAGCUGGAACUAAGGCAAACUGAUACACAAAGUGCCGCUUCAAACCCACAACAACACGCGCAACCACUACAGAAUCAAAUCAAUGCCACUGCAGGGGUAAAUCAUCAGGGAAGUCAGAACCAAGGGAUGGAAGUGAUUGGUCCAUCAUUGGACAAGCAUGGAAGACUAAUACAAUCGCGGACUGGAGAAAAGGUCUAUGUUGGAUCAUCGUCAAUGACAUUAUUUGGCUUAGAGAUCCAGAAUAUGGCGCCGUCAUUUGAUACGUCUUUACCUCCAAGUUCAAACAAAACCACCCCAAUGAACUCACCGGACACACGGGCAUCUUUCUCGUCUGCCAAAAGUGACUCUCGUUCGAAUAAGCGAGAGAGCAAGGUUAUGGAAAAAGAGGGCGGGGCUUACAAAAUUACCCUCUCCAAGACCAACACCAGGCCCGGACUUUCAAUCAAUUUUUCAUUGCCUUCCUACUCAUAUGCGAUGUUGCUAGUGGACACAUUCAUCAACUACAAUGAUGGAUGUUUCUAUUUUUUUAAUGAGGGGUUGAUUAAGCAGUUUUUGAAAAAUUUGUAUGCUGGCAACACAAACGACAAUAAGAAAAUCUUGCGCCGUAACUACUCCCAAGAUGCAGCGGUGAAUUCAAAUGAAAACACUAUAAAGAAAGAUGCCGACGACGAGUCCAUUUUAGAGACAAUUUGGUUUUGCAAGAUAUUGCUCAUAUUCUCCAUUGGUGAGAUGUAUUUGGGAACGGAGUCAGAUACUCAUGCCAAAAGACAAAAGCUCGAAAACAUGACACGAAAAAAGGAACUCAAAGAGAAACACACUUUACCCGGUGCUGAGUUCUUUUAUCAAGCGUCCGAUUUAUUCACGGGGUUGUUUGCAUCUGGUGCAAUUGACAACAUCACUAAGGAUGGUGGAAUUGAAGUGAUGCUUCUAUAUGCAUUUUACUUGCAAGUUGCUGACUGCACAAUUGCCUCCUAUUUCUACUUUGGGUUGGCAUUAAGGGCCGCGUUGAUUUUGGGCUGGCACGUGGAUGCAGAGAAAGAGUCUCUCAAUAGAUUUGAGCUUGAACAUAGAAGGCGAAUCUGGUGGACAGUUUACAUGUAUGAGAGAAUGCUUUCUUCGAAAGCUGGUCUUCCACUAAGUUUUGCUGACGAUUCAGUAUCUACGGAGUUGCCCGUUGAUUUCAAGGUUGAUUUAUCCGAUUUCCCACGAGAUGAGCAAGAUGUACGGGGCUAUUAUAUAUUCCCACCUGCAGACUACAUCAACAACUGCGUCACAAUUACCCAAACCAAUGCAGUCAUCUUGUCGUCCUUGUACACCAAAACGCCAAGUUUUAACAUUUUGCCAAUAGUGUCUGACUUGGUUCAGAGGUUGAUUAACUGGAAAAACUCUUUACCAAGUCAUCUUCGCGUUGACUAUACGACAGAGGAACCAAAAGUGUCUCGAUUAAUUGUGAAUUUAAUGACUGAAUAUUUCCAAGGUAUCAACUUGGCAGUAAGACCAUUGUUGUUUCAUUUCUCGACAAAGAAAUUGAAGGAGCUACAAGAGCAUUCAACUCAGAACAGGUACAUCGAUUUGACCAAGUAUUCCAAGAAUGUGUUGAGUUUAUUGAACUCAUCUUUUCAAGCAUCUAUAAACACCAUCAAGAGCAUCUGGUCGUUGGUUCUGGAUAACAUGGUUGCAUUAUUUGGAUGGAUGGAUCGUGAGUACUUGUUCACCUCAGCUUCAACCCUCAUUCUUUUCAAUGCGUCAUUUGGAGUCCACGAUGCAACGAGAACUCACUUGGACCAUGCUUUGACUUUGUUUACCAAGAUGAAACGCUUGGGCAACUAUCCAGCGGCGUUGAGGAGAGCUCAACUACUCAAAUUGAUUCGUGUACUUGAUUUCAAUGGUGCAAUGACUGAAAUUCUUCGCAAACAUGAUGAAGAUUUUAAAUUCUAUGAAGAUGAUUUGAAGGAGGCUGCUGUUGAGGAAAACACUCAUGAAACAGAAGUAAAUAAUACUCCACAUCAGUUGCAUCAGCAAAACAUUGAUACGGAUUUUCUUAGUUUCACUCCGGGACUUCAGUAUAGUCAAGGUGAUUUCAACUCGAAUCAAGACUUGACUGGAAUUGAUGGAUUUGCGUAUCUAGAUGAAGAACAGAAGCUAUGGAAUGAAAUUACGAAUGAAGCAGGUUGGCUCAACUUCCACCCACCAGAGAACCCUAUUGAGAACUUUGAUGUUGAAGGACAAGACCAGUUCAACUACAAUGGACAAUGA